ACCAGAACACAGUUGUUUUUCUAAGAGGUUGGGAAAUCUACAAAGAGCUUUUAAGAAGAUGCAUAUUGAAGAAGUAGGAGAAUCUUCCAAUGUGAAGAACACGGAGGAGACUUAUGGUAUUAAUGGAAUCAAACCUAAUAUAGAACCUGCUCUUGGUAUGGGGUUUGAGUCUAUAGAUGAUGCAUGGGAGUUUUACAAGACAUUUGGGAAAGUGACUGGAUUUCCUGUAUUGAAAAGCACAUUUGUGAAAAAUGGUGUGGGGUGUAUAAGAAGCUACAAAUUUACUUGUGCUCGAGCAGGUAAGUGUAAUUCCAUAUCUGAAAAACCAUUAAGGCCUCAAGCAACAAUAAAAUGUGGUUGUCAAGCCAAGCUAGUGUUACGGUUAGAUUGCUUAGUUGGUUAUGUAAUCAGUUAGCUCAAUUUGGAGCAUAAUCAUGAACUGAAACCAGAA